AUGAUCCCAGCAUGUUUUAGCCAACCUAGCAACUUGUCCAGUACCUCUCAAGUGCCUCAAAAUCUCAUCACCUGCAUUUACCAUACUCAGCUAUGGGACUCACCUACGUAUCUCACACUUACAUGGUCCAAAACCCAUUUCUCCCAUUCUUUAACAGUCUAUUCUGCUGAUUCCUUUUCUAUUACCAUUUCCCUUUAUCCUUCCACCUUCUCCUUCUUCAGAAACCGACCAGGCUCCAAAUCUGUCUACUUGACUCAUCACCAUCGUCAAAGAAUCAAGCUGUAUUGGGAUUUCACCAGGGCUGACUUUGCUGAAAACUCAGCUGAGCCUGAGUCUUCCUUCUACAUUGGCAUUUCAUGCAAUGGGAAGCUAGAAUUCAUCCUUGGUGAUCUCAUGGAUGAACUCGCCAAGAGGUGUUCUGGGUUAUCUAUGGCUCGACAGGUACUCCUUGAACCAAAGCUCUUGUCUAGGAGAGAACAUGUUUUUGGGCAUAAGAGCUAUGUUUCGAGGGCUAACUUCUUGGGGUCUAAACAUGAGAUAGGGAUAGAUUGUAAUGGAGGGGUUCUGAAGGUGAAAGUUGAUGGCCAAACAAGCCUUGUCAUAAAGCGAUUGGCUUGGAAAUUUAGAGGGAAUGAAAGGAUUUAUGUUAAUGGAAUCGAGGUGGAAUUUUUUUGGGAUGUUUUCAAUUGGGUUAAUGGUGAGAAUAAUAACAAUAAUAAUACCAAUGGCCAUGGUGUGUUUAUUUUUCAAGUUGGUGAUGGUGGUGUGUGGCCUGAAAUGGUUGGACCGGAGAAAAGGUUGAUGAGGAAGAGUUUGUCAUCGUUGGCCGCCGGGGGGUCGUCUUCGGCGCCGAUGGCAUCUGCAAGUCUGCCGCCGUCUCCGUCGUGCUCGAGUGUGCUGCAAUGGGCGGAGGAGAGCAAUGAUGGUGGAAGAAGCUCAUGUUCUUCUUCUACUAGGUCAUGUGGGAGCAAUGGAGGAUUCUCUUUGUUGUUGUAUGCUUGGAAGAAGGAUUGA